GAGAGAAACAGAGAGAGAGAGAAAGUUUUACGACCCAUUUCUUCUCCGCUGACAUUGACUGCAUCUCGCCGACCGCAUAUCCUCCAUCCACACCCGCAGCCUUGACUAGCCCUCCUAUUCACGCAUUCGCGCGACUGUGGUUGCCGCCUAAUCCGCCAACAUGUCGUCGGUCUUACGAAGCGUGAAGAAUGUCACCAAAGGCUACUCCUCCGUCCAGGUCAAAGUCCGAAAUGCAACCAGCAAUGACCCAUGGGGUCCAACAGGCGCAGACAUGGCCGAUGUUGCCAGAAUUACCUACAACAGCUCCACCGAUUUUUACGAAGUUAUGGACAUGCUGGACAAGCGAUUGAACGACAAAGGGAAGAACUGGAGACACGUGCUGAAGAGUCUGAAAGUGCUGGAUUACUGCCUGCACGAAGGGUCGGAAUUGGUGGUCACAUGGGCUAGGAAGAACAUCUAUAUCAUCAAGACUCUGCGCGAGUUCAUUCACAUUGACGAGGAUGGCAGGGAUGUGGGCGCCAGCAUCCGACACUCCGCGAAGGAGCUGACAUCCCUCAUCUUGGACGAGGAACGACUGCGCGCGGAGCGAACCAAUCGCGGAUCGUGGAAGUCGCGCGUUACUGGACUCGAGGAGUUUGGUCUCGGAGGAGAUCCAACGCCCAGGCAGCGAGAGCAAGUGCGGAGACGACCACAAAACGACGACGAUGAUCUCGAGUACAAGUUAGCAUUGGAGGCGUCAAAGAAUGAAGCCGAGCUAGACGCAGAAAGAAGGGCACAGCGCAGUGGUUUCGACACGGAUGAUGAUCUGGCCAAGGCCAUUAAGCUGAGCAAGGAGGAAGAAGAGCUGCGCAAACGGCAAUUGGAGGAUCAGCAGCAGGAAGACCUACUGUUCGACAAUACUCCCGAUCAGGCGCCCCAACCGACGGGCUUCAACCAGGGUUAUCAACAGCAGGCCGCGGUCGAUUGGUUUGGGAACCCUUUGCAGUCGCAGCAGACGGGCUACCUGAACAACGCCUACAGCCAGCCUACUGGUCUCCAACCACAGCAGACAGCGUUCCAGAACGGAUACGGCUAUCAGCAACCACAACAGACUGGCUGGGAACAGAUGCAGCAGCCCGCCCAGCAGUUCAUCCAACCCCAGAGCACCUACAAUCCUUGGGGUAAUCAGAUGACCGGACAGCAACAGCCGCAACAACAGGCGAUACAGGAGCAACCUACAGCGCAAGCAGGCUCGAACAACCCAUGGGCGAGCAAUAAUACCACACUAUCGACCCCCAUUUCCGCACAGCCUACUGGGUCCAACAACCCGUUUGCGACGCACACUCAACAACGACAAACCUCGUCGCCCUUCCGCCAGCCAACUCUCGAUACACUACGAGAACAACAAACGACCCAGCAAUUCCAAUCCCGACCAAACCCCAUCCAGAAUUUCUCCGCACCUCCACCGGUACCAUCUCCUGUGCAACCACAACAAACCUCCCGUCCACCACAAGACCCAUACCAAGCUAAGCUAAACUCUCUUCUCGCGAGCGGCGAAGGGCAGGAUACUUUUGGAAAUGUCGGUGACAUGCGUAUUCCCGCUCAGCACACGGCACCUGGCACCUAUGUCAAUUCGGCUGGUGCGGGGUCCAUGGGUCGACUCGAGGCAGCCAAGACUGGCACCAACCCAUUCUUCAGCCAAGCACCAACGCAAUACCCCGCUCAGACUGGUCCCGCUGCACAGUUUGGUGGGCCUGGAGCUGGAUUUGGAGGGAACAAUCCCUUUGGGCCCAGACCUGGACAACCGCAGCAGCAGAGUCAAGGCGGGAGCUUGAUUGAUCUCUAGGAGAGCAGUGAAGACUCAUGAGCCAGGUCGAGCGCGUGCGACUUGGGGAAUGAAAAGAUGAGAAGAGAUAUUUUCGAUGUGAUUGAAAUGAGUGGCGAUGAUCGUGUGGAAAGACCAGAGCCGAAGGCGAGUAGGCGAGGUGGCGAAAUUGGAUGGGAUGAGAGAAGAUUACGAUUGCGGUCGUACUCUCUCGACGAGCGCAUCAACGGCGUGUUCGUUGCAAAAAAUGGAAAGAAAGGAGUCGUGCGUAUGAUGAGGGGAUGGAAGGGCAGAGGGGAGCAAUUACCCGACUGUUGUUGUUGUUGUUUUCUUUGGUUGGCAUUUCUCCCUUGCGGCAUUCAUGUUGUGCUUUUCCUUUUCUACUACUAGAUACCCACAGUCGAACCAUUUCGUCGGCUGCGAGUGAGUGAGUGAGUGAGUGAGUGAGUGUUUGCUCGGGUACGGCGUUCAUGGUGUGAUAGGUGUCAAUCCUUGCUUUUGUUGUGAUUUGGGUCAGCAUGGUCUGUCUAAGGUAGGUACCUAGGUAGCUACCGUAGUAGUAAGUAGAAAUCUGAC